GAAAUGUCCCACGCAAAGUUCUCUAGGAAAGAAAUGGAGCUUCUAGUCAUCUUCCCUGCUCUUUGUUUGUGUUUCUCUGUGCUUCUAACACCCUGUGUUGGUAUCCAAAUUCAAGAACAAGUCAUGGCCAGUAGAGUUGAUGAAGUCCAGUUUUCUCUCCCCGCUGCUACACUUCCAAGGAAGCUUAGAGUAAUUCUUAAUGAGAAAGCAGCACCUGUUAAUGAUCAUAAAAGUCAAGGUUCCACUUCAAGCGAUAUCCUGCAGAGAGGAGAUAUUUCAGGAAAACCAUAUCAAAAGGAAGAAAAUGUUUUGAGAGGAAGCAGAGGGACAAGGCAAGAAUGGGCGGAGGGGACCGACACAUCGCAGUAUUUUACGAUGGAUUAUUCCCACGUUAGAAGAAGACGACCAAUACAUAACAAAGCCUUGCCGGUUGGUCCAUGACACAUGGAUUUUAAUUCCAAUUAAUUUUCCAGUACAGAAGUAGAUAUCCAUCGCUACAAGCUUUUUUUGGACACAGUUUUGCCUUAAUCUACGUUCAUGUUAUUGUAAUUAGCAAAAUGGGGCAGUGUUUUUUGUGAGCAUAUCUCCUUUAUGGCCGACAUUAUGCUGCAAAACCCUAAGAUUUUGUAUCAAAUUACAUGUACUACCUGUGAGAUUAUAUAUAUAAUUAACCCUUCUCUUC